GUGUUUGAAUGGUGGGUUUUGUGGACAGGUACCUGGUUCGUGUACUGAGUACACAUGUUAUUGUCAAUUCUGCUAUACUGGAUCUAACUGCGAAAUACAACUUGACCAGUGCGAUCCUAGUCCGUGUAACAACGGUGGAACCUGUAUUGCCCAGACUGGAUCCUGUACACAAUAUUCGUGCCAGUGUGCCGGAUGCUACUACGGAACCAACUGUGAUUUGCUUCGUGACCCGUGUGCAACUAGUUCGUGUUUUAACGGAGGUGUGUGCGAGCAGACAUCUUGUGAAACGUUUAAUUGUCUCUGCGCUGAAUGUUAUGAAGGCCAGUACUGUCAGACGAGAAUCAAUCAAUGUCAGCCAAACCCAUGUAGGAAUAAUGGUUUCUGUAUCCAGGCACAGAAUAGUUGUACAGACUAUACCUGUUCUUGUGCUGGUUGUUAUACUGGCCAAUUAUGCGAAAUAUGAAUUGAUCCGUGCGGUAGCAAUCCGUGUCAGAACAACGGAGUUUGUCAAAAUGUCGGUGGGUCGUGCUUCGCAUACAGCUGUACCUGUACUGGGUGUUAUACUGGCCAAAACUGUGAAACGCGAAUUGAUCAGUGUGCAAGCUUUCCAUGCAGCAAUGGGGGAACGUGUGUGCCAUUCCAGGGAUCCUGUACCAUUUUCAGCUGCACGUGUCCCGGAUGUUACUCCGGAUUUACCUGUGAUACACUAUUGGAUCCAUGUCAACCAAAUCAGUGUCUUAAUGGUGGCCAGUGUUCUGCUGUACAAAACUCAUGUACGAACUACCAAUGUCAGUGUCAGGGCUGUUACACCGGAGACAGAUGCGAACAAGCGAUGUUGCCAUGCCAACCAAAUCAGUGUCAGAAUGGUGGUGUAUGUAUACAGACGUCUUGUACUGAUUUUCAGUGUCAGUGUCAAAAUUGCUACACAGGAGAGCUAUGCCAAACAAGACUUGACCAGUGUACUCCAAACCCAUGUCAGAAUAACGGCAUAUGUCAGCCUUCGCCUGGGUCAUGUACCCUUUAUUCUUGUUUCUGUCAGGGUUGUUAUACUGGUAACAAUUGCGAACAAGUUCAAGAUCCUUGCCAGGGUUCACGAUGUGCAAAUGGCGGUACUUGUGUCCAAACUACCCGGUUCCUGCGUCGACUACACUUGUAUGUGUCCCACAUGCUACACCGGUAGAAGCUGCGAGAUAUUUAUCAAUCCAUGUGACUCCAGUCCUUGUCGUAAUGGUGGUAUCUGUCAGCAAGUACAAGGAUCCUGUGUGUUGUAUACCUGUUAUUGCACAGGCUGCUACACCAGUACCAAUUGCGAAAUAUUGAUGAAUCAGUGUGAUCCCAACCCAUGUCUGAACAGUGGUACCUGUAAUCCUAUUGCUGGUACCUGCACAGGCUUUAACUGUUUUUGUCCUGGCUGUUAUACAGGCAAUAUGUGUGAAACAUUACUGGAUCCCUGUGAACCUAACAGGUGUCUCAAUGGUGCUACUUGCCAAGCCACCAAUUGUAACCAGUAUACAUGUAUAUGUGCUGAUUGCUAUACGGGACAGAGCUGUGAAUCAAGAAUCAAUCCAUGUCAACCAAAUCCUUGUUUCAAUGGUGGCUUUUGCCAACAAUCUGACAAUGGUUGUGUUGCGACUACGUGUAUUUGCAGUGGGUGCUACUCCGGCGACCUGUGUGAGACUCUCCUAAAUCCCUGCGAGCCAAACCCUUGCCAGAACGGUGCUGUCUGCCUGCAACAAUCAUGUUCCACCUAUCAGUGCCAGUGUCAACAAUGUUACACUGGUACCAACUGUGAAACCAGGCUUGACCAGUGUAGUCCAAAUCCUUGUCAGAAUGGCGGAACAUGCCAGCCUAUUCAGGGUUCCUGUUUUAUCUAUACGUGCAGCUGUGAUGGAUGCUAUACUGGACUUACAUGUGAUGUUUUACAAAACCCAUGCGCACAGAAUCCAUGCUUAAAUGGUGGUACUUGUAAUCAACUGACAUGUACAACAUAUCAGUGUUCCUGUGUGGGAUGCUACACUGGAAGCAACUGCCAACAACUUCAAAAUCCUUGCCAACCUAACCGAUGUCUGAAUGGUGGUGCCUGUAUUGCCAUAGCGAACUCGUGUACAGAUUUCAUGUGCCAGUGCUCAGGUUGUUACGAAGGCGACGUUUGUGAAACAUUCAUCAACCAGUGCAGUCCAAAUCCUUGUCUAAAUGAGGGAUUCUGCAUUCCGGUAGCUGGCACAUGUGAUCAAUUUAGCUGCUACUGCCAGCAAUGUUGGACGGGUUCUGAGUGUGCUACAGCGAUUGAUCAGUGUUCUCCGAAUCCUUGUCAGAACCAGGGUGUAUGCUUUGCCCAGACAGGAUCUUGUUUACUUUACACUUGUCAGUGUACAGAAUGCUUCCAAGGACUCACCUGCACAACUCCCGUGAAUCAGUGUCAACCAAAUCCUUGUCAAAGCGGUGGUGUCUGUAUACCAACUCCCGGUUCCUGCACAGAUUUUACUUGCCAGUGUACUAGCUGCUAUACUGGAAAUAUUUGUGAAACAUAUCUGAACCCAUGUCAACCAAAUCCUUGUCAGAAUAAUGGUUUUUGUCAGCAAGUGUCAUGUCUUGUGUAUUCAUGCCAGUGUACAAGCUGCUAUGAAGGUGACGAGUGUCAAAUAUUGAAAAAUCAGUGUGAGCCCAAUCCUUGUCAAAACAGCGGCAUCUGUUCUAAAGUAGCUGGGUCUUGCGUUGCUUUCAAUUGUCAAUGUCAAUCGUGUUAUACUGGUGGUUCUUGUCAAACACUUCUUGAUCCUUGCCAACCGAAUCGUUGUCUGAAUGGGGGUGUAUGUUCUGCGUUAGAUGGUUCCUGUACUGAAUUUCAGUGCACAUGUCCAGAGUGCUUCACUGGAAGUUUCUGUGAACAGCGCAUCAACCAAUGUCAGCCAAGUCCAUGUCUAAAUGGUGGUUACUGCCAGCCUGAUUUCCAGGGUUGUGUGGCCUAUACGUGUUUUUGUGUCAACUGCUACACUGGUGAUAACUGUGAAACAUUGAUUGACCCAUGCCAAGCAGCUCCUUGUCAGAAUGGUGGUACCUGCGUUAAGAGUGGUUCAUCAUGUAACUCCUACCAGUGUAUCUGUUCUGGCUGCUAUACUGGAAACAACUGUGAAACACUACAAAACCCAUGCAGUCCAAAUCCAUGUUUGAAUUCUGGUGUGUGCUCACAGAGAGCUGGUUCCUGCACUGAUUAUUCCUGUGUAUGCCCUGAUACCUGCUGGACAGGAACCACUUGUGCGAUUCGUGUGAAUCCCUGUGAUGGUAACCCAUGUCUGAAUGGUGGCAUCUGCAUAGGAGACCAGAAUACGUGCCAGGAUUUUUCAUGUCAGUGUACUGGUUGUUUCAUUGGUGACUCUUGUGAAAUAGCUCAGAAUCCAUGUCAGCCGAACCCAUGUCAGAAUAGUGGUUUCUGUAUACCAGAACAAGGUUCAUGUACAGACUUCAGCUGUUAUUGUCAGCAAUGCUUUACUGGGUUUGACUGCAGUACUAUGUUGAACCCAUGUCAGCCAAGUCAGUGUCAAAAUGGUGGAACCUGUAGUCCUGUUCCAAACUCCUGUACGGAUUUCACCUGUUCAUGCCCGGGCUGCUACACUAGUGUAUGGUGUGAAUCACUAAUCAACCCAUGUCAGCCGAAUCCCUGUUUGAAUGGAGGGUAUUGUGGAUCUCUGAGUGUACCAGGAAAUUGUAACGCUUACAGCUGCACCUGUACUGGCUGUUAUACUGGUACACUGUGUGAAAACUCAAUCAAUCAGUGCCAGCCUAAUCCAUGCUUGAAUAACGGAAAUUGUCAACAAGUACAGAAUUCAUGUACAGACUAUACAUGUUUCUGUGCUCGCUGCUUCACAGGAGAUAAUUGUGCUAUUGCUAUUGAUAUCUGUACACCCAAUCCGUGUCAGAAUUCUGGAAUCUGCGCACCAUAUCCAGGAUCCUGCACCUCAUAUUCAUGUACAUGUGUCGGGUGCUUCACUGGAUUCAACUGUCAAACUCCUAUUGACCAGUGUGUACCCAAUCGUUGUCUGAAUGGUGGCAUAUGCAUUGCUACUGUGGGUUCCUGUACUGAUUACACCUGCCAAUGUCAAGGUUGUUAUAGCGGUCAAAACUGUGGAUCAUAUAUCAACCCUUGCCAACCCACCCCAUGUCUUAAUGGUGGAUACUGCCAGCCUUCUCAGACAAAUGCUUGUACGGAAUAUGUUUGUACUUGCAGUGGAUGUUAUACUGGGCCUACAUGUGCCACAUUAUUGGCUCCUUGUCAACCGAAUCCGUGCGCCAAUAAUGGCUUCUGCCAACAGACAUCAUGUGAAACUUUCCUUUGCACCUGUACUGGUUGUUACACUGGUGAUAAAUGUGAAACCUUGCUUGAUCCUUGUGCCAGUGAUCCAUGUAGGAAUGGCGGGGAUUGUCGACCACAACCAGGAUCAUGUACCGCAUAUACCUGCGUAUGUGAUAAUUGUUACUCUGGACCCAAUUGUAACAUUUUAUUGAAUCCAUGCGGAGCCAACCGAUGUUUGAAUGGUGGAACAUGUGUCCAGACCAGUUGUACAGAGUUUGAUUGUCAGUGUCCUGGUUGUUAUAUUGGUGACUUCUGUCAAACGUUGCAAAAUCCAUGUCAGCCAAAUCCAUGUUUCAAUAAUGGUCUUUGCCUUCAGAAAGAUGGUUCAUGUACAGAAUUUACUUGUCAGUGUGAUAGCUGUUACACGGGUACUAACUGCAUGCAAAGAAUUGACCAGUGUGCAAACAACCCAUGUCACAAUGGUGGUUACUGUCGACCGACUCAGAACUCUUGUGUAGACUUUACUUGCAUUUGUCUUCAGUGUUUCACAGGAUCAACUUGCCUGACGGCUAUUGAUCAGUGUUCACCAAAUCCCUGCAGCAAUGGUGGAACAUGUGUAGCCCAAGCAGGCGACUGUACUAUAUACAGCUGUAUAUGCCCCGGAUGCUACACUGGCUUUAGUUGUCAGUCAUUGCUUGAUCCUUGCCAGCCAAACCGAUGUCUGAACUCAGGUGUUUGUAGUUCUCUUCAGGGGUCAUGUACCGAGUUUGAAUGUACAUGUACCGGUUGCUACACAGGAACAUUUUGCGAGCAAUUCAUCAGUCCAUGCACUCCCAAUCCCUGUCAGAACAAUGGUUUCUGUAUACCAGUACAGAAUUCGUGUGUACAGUUUACGUGUUCAUGUCAGCCAUGCUAUACUGGGGACACAUGUGCCACAAGAGUUGACCAGUGUGCCUCUUUCCCAUGUAUGAAUGGUGGUACUUGUAUACCUACUCCGGGAUCCUGUACUUCAUUUACAUGCCAGUGUAAUGGAUGCUUCACUGGACCAACUUGUGAUACAUUGUUUGAUCCAUGCCAACCUGGUUUGAACCAAUGUUUGAAUGGUGCCGGAUGCCAGAUUGUCCAGGGAAGUUGUACCGCAGUCAGCUGUAUAUGCGCAGGCUGUUUCACAGGCCAGCUGUGUGAAACUGCAAUCAAUCCAUGCCAACCAAACCCGUGCCAGAACAAUGGUUUUUGUUCAUCAGAUCAGCAAAGUGGUGACUGUGAUGCCUACACCUGCACAUGUCAGAAUUGUUACAUUGGUGAUAAUUGCCAAACGAGAAUAAACCAGUGCUCUCCAAAUCCUUGUCAGAAUAAUGGUAUCUGUCAGGCCACGCCUGGUUCUUGUACUAGUCUCACAUGUUUCUGUAUAGGAUGCUUUACGGGUUCAAACUGUGAAACAGCAAUUAACCAGUGUCUUCCAAAUCCCUGUUAUAAUGGCGGUACCUGUCUACAAACACAGAAUUCCUGUUCAGCCUUCACAUGCCAGUGUCCUAGCUGCUAUACUGGCUUCAAUUGUGAAACUCCUAUUGAUCCUUGCCAGCCUAAUCGUUGUCUGAAUAAUGGACAGUGUCAGGCGCAACCUGGUUCAUGUGUAGAAUACUCAUGUACAUGUUCUGGAUGCUACACUGGAGAUUUCUGUGAAUCAUUCAUCAGUCCCUGUUCUCCAAAUCCAUGCCAAAACAAUGGUUUCUGUCAAUCAAUACAGGGUUCCUGUGUUCAGUAUACAUGUUCUUGCCAACAGUGUUACACUGGGGUCAACUGUGAAACACGAAUUAACCAGUGCGCGAAUAAUCCAUGUCGGAAUGGUGGUACUUGUCAGCCAAAUCCAGGCUCCUGUGUGUCGUAUACAUGUUCCUGUCCUGGUUGUUACACUGGGCCAACGUGUGAAUCAUUGAUGAAUCCAUGUAUGUCUCCCGGUACCUGCUUCAAUGGCGGUCAAUGUCAACAAGUUGCUGGCUCCUGCACAGAGUUCACAUGCACCUGUCCUCAGUGCUUCACUGGAACACAGUGUCAACAAGUAAUGGAUCAGUGCUCUCCAAACCCCUGUUCUAAUGGUGGUACUUGCACCGCUGUUCAAGGUUCUUGUUCAUCCUUCCGGUGUACCUGUCCAGGAUGCUACACUGGAUUUUCGUGCGAGACAUUGCUUAACCAGUGUCAGCCAAAUCCUUGUCAGAAUAGUGGGACAUGUAUUCCUGUGACUGGUUCCUGUUCUCUGUUCACUUGUCUGUGUCCUUCAUGUUAUACUGGUCCUCAGUGUGAAACAUAUCAAAAUCCUUGUCUAAUCAACCCAUGUUUGAAUGGUGGACAGUGUAAUCAAAUUCAAGGUUCUUGUACAGACUAUGUAUGUCAGUGUUCAGGGUGUUACACUGGAGAUCGUUGUGAAAUACUUCUCAAUCCAUGUCAGCCAAACCCAUGCCAGAACAGUGCAUUCUGUGUGCAACAGCAGGGUUCUUGUACAGAAGUCACAUGUUAUUGUCAAGGAUGUUAUACUGGAACUUUCUGUGAUGUUGCAAUUAAUCAAUGCGUGCCAAAUCCAUGUUCAAAUGGAGGCAUAUGUGAUGCUAUCUCUGGUUCAUGUUCAUCAUUUACAUGUCAGUGUUUGAAUUGUUACACUGGUGUCACUUGUGAUAUAUUGUUAGAUCCAUGUCAGCCGAAUCGGUGUCUCAACGGUGGUACAUGCAUGCAGAAAGAUGGGACUUGUACAGAAUUCAUCUGUAUUUGUGAUCCAUGCUAUACUGGAACAUUCUGUGAACAGCGUAUCAACCAGUGUCGACCAAAUCCAUGUCUGAAUAACGGAUUUUGUCAGCCCUCAUCUCAGGGAUGUGUAGACUAUAACUGUGUGUGCUACGGUUGUUACACAGGAACUCUCUGUGAUGUCUUUUUAAAUCCUUGUGACAACUUCCCAUGUCAGAAUGGUGGGACCUGCCAAGCAGUGCCUGGAUCCUGCACCCAGCACACUUGUACAUGUCCUGGAUGUUACACUGGGACAAACUGUCAAACACUUCUUGAUCAGUGUUCUCCGAAUCCCUGUCAAAAUAACGGUGUAUGUAGUCCUCUAGCCGGUUCAUGUACUGAAUUCCAGUGUAUUUGUGAAGGUUGUUUUAUUGGUCCGAAUUGUGAGAUUUUACAAAAUCCAUGUUCCGGAAAUCCAUGUUUAAAUAAUGGUGUUUGCAACGGUGUUAGCUGCCAGGAAUACAGCUGCCAGUGUACGGGCUGCUUCACUGGUGACAGAUGUGCCAUACGUGAGUACAUUUUACAAACAGUCUCGUUUUAUGCAUGA